ACCGAAAUCAUAUAAAACUUGUUAGAAUUAUUUUCAUCAAAAUGCCAAAAAGUACUAUAGAAUUCGCAAAAUCUGGUGACAACAGGGAUAAGAGCAGUAGUCGCAGUUCCACCAGGGCACCACUCCAUUUCGCUGUCCACAAGCCUGGCUGCCACUUCGAGAGCUGCUGUGGCAUUUGUAAUUUAUUCCCUGGUGUUCUUAUGAUUGCCUUCUGUCAAAUCUUAGUUGGAUCUAUUCUCCUGACUCUAAUUUUGACUCACGGAAAGCAGUAUGACGAUAUGCAUCAGACCACAAAUUCUCAAUUUAUGAGCGUGGCCACCGGCGCUGUGCUGAGCGGCGUCACCGGCGCUGGGAUAUUGCUGCUCAUUGUAGCUCUCACUGAAAACUGUCGUGCUAUGCUGGUGUACUUGUUGGUGGCUACCCUCGUCUGGAUUGGAGUAUUUUCUCUGGCCGUCACAAAAAUUGGACGUGCUUGCGUUCGAUUUAAAGACGCUUCCAAAAUUAAGGACGACCAGCAUCGCUUAGCUAACUUGGCAUGUGUCAGCGGAUUAUUCACUUUCUUAGGAGCAGGUGUGUAUUUCUUUUCGUUCCUGGUAGUAUUCAGUUUCUACCACUACCGUUACGUGAGGCGCGCCAUCUUGCUUCACGAGGCCGAGUGCGAGUGAUAUUAUAAUACAUUUCUUGUUCAAUUA